AUGGCCUCGAGACUUCGCAUCGUCCCCCGAAUUCUCUCUCGCCCGACUCCCCGCACCUCUCCUGUCGCUCGCUCAUUCAUCCGAUCACUUUCCGCAUCGCCUGUCAUGUCCGCACCGGCCUCGUCUUCCACGCCAACCGUGUGGUACCCCCCGCAGAAGCAGACCGAUGAGCCCGUCCUCAAGGUUUACAACUCCAUCACCAAGAACAAGGACACCUUUGUUGCUACCAACGGCCGCCAGGUCGACUGGUACAACUGUGGACCUACUGUCUACGAUGCCUCGCACAUGGGUCACGCUCGGACAUUGUCCGCCAUCAUUAUGCGCGCGCGGGAAGGAUAUCUGCUAAAGGAGACAAAGGAGAAGAACCCAAAGCUCACCUCUGAGCUCAUCGCUGAUGCGCGCAAGGCGUUCGCCGCCUUCCUUCCGAAGCUAGUGAAGAACCUCCCCUCGCCCGUCGACGCUCCCAACGGCGACGAUGCCCUUGAGCACUUCAACGCCAUUGCGAAGAAGGCUGCUUCCGAUCCUGCGUUCGUCGAGGCUGGCAAGGAGAAAGAGGAGAAGUUCGGUCUCUACAUCACCAGCCUGACGCAGGCGCGUGAUGCCAUCCUGACCGCUGAGAAGCAGCUCGAGUCUGGUGCCGCUGGUAGCGUUGACGCCCUCGUUGACGGCACCGCCAGCGUCCUCGGCCCGUAUUACGGCGAGACGAAGGGCAACACGAUCGCCGACCCCGUUGGUGUCAGCCGAGACCUCGCGCAGUACUGGGAGCAGCGCUACUUCGAGGACAUGGACCGCCUCCACAUUCUUCGCCCGGACGUCAUCACCCGCGUGUCCGAGUACGUUCCCGAGAUUGUUGCCUUUGUCGACCAGAUUAUCAAGAAUGGAUUCGCGUACGAGGCUGAGGGAUCGGUCUGGUUCGACGUGAACAAGUUUGAAGGAUCGGAUGGCGAUGGAUUCAGGCAUCAGUACGCCAAGCUGCAGCCGAGCAGCAAGGGCAACUGGAAGCUCCUCGACGAGGGAGAGGGUGCACUCACCGGAACGAAGGGCAAGCGCCAGCCGCAGGACUUUGCUCUGUGGAAGGCCAAGUCGAAGCCCGGAGAGCCGGCGUGGCCUUCCCCUUGGGGCGAGGGACGACCGGGUUGGCACAUCGAGUGCUCCGUCAUGGCUUCCGAGAUUCUCGGCAAGAACAUUGACAUUCACUCCGGCGGUAUCGACCUGAUGUUCCCGCACCACGACAACGAGCUCGCUCAGUCCGAGGCGUACCACGGCAACAAGCAGUGGAUCAACUACUUCCUGCACACGGGACACCUGCACAUUGAGGGUCUGAAGAUGUCCAAGUCGCUGAAGAACUUUAUCAGCAUUGACGACGCUCUGAGGGAUUACACUGCUCGCCAGCUCCGCCUCGCGUUCAUGCUCAGCCCGUGGAGCUCGCGACUCGACUUCAAGCGCGACCUGAUCGCCGACACCAAGGCGAAGGAGGAGACGAUCGACAACUUCUUCACCAACGUCAAGGCGCGUCUCAGCGAGACGCAGGCCAAGGGCAUGAACACGGACGGCAAGCACCACUUUGAGUCGCCGGAGAAGCAGCUGCUCGAGGACCUGUCUCGUGCGCAGCUUGCUUUCCGUGCCGCGCUUUGCGACUCGUUCAACACUCAGGGAGCUGUUCAGGUCCUCCUCGACCUGAUCCAGAAGGUCAACGUGUACUUCUCGCAGCGUGGACGCGAGUACAACAUUGAGCCCGUGCGCGUCAUUGCGCAGUGGAUUACGCGCCAGCUCGUCAUGUUCGGUCUCGGCGAGGGCCCGCUCGCCGCCAACGCUAGCGCGAUCGGAUGGGGCAAGGCCGGCGACGAGGGUGGUUCCGGAGACUUCGAGGCCAAGCUCGACAAGUACAUCCGCGCGCUCGCUUCGUUCCGUGACGACGUGCGCAAGGUCGCGAUCGCCGGUGGAUCGAACAAGGACAUUCUCCAGCUCUGUGACAAGUUCCGCGACAACGACCUGGUCAACCUCGGCGUGCAGCUCGACGACGGACAGGGCGCCGACGGCGGUGCGCUGUACAAGCUCGUCGACCCCGCUGUCCUGAUCAAGGCUCGUGAGGAGAAGGCUGCCGCCGCGGCCGAGAAGGCGGCGAAGAAGGCCGCCAACGCCGCCGCCGCGGAGCAGAAGCGUAUCGCGCAGCUCGAGAAGGGCCGCACGCCGCCUGGAGAGAUGUUCAAGCCGCCCCACGUCAAGGACGGGCUGUACACCAAGUGGGACGAGGCUGGCAUUCCGACGCACGACGCUGAGGGCAAGGAGGUGGCCAAGAGCGCGAGCAAGAAGUUUGCCAAGGAGUACAAGCAGCAGGAGAAGCUGCACGACGCCUUCAAGGCGUGGCAGGCCGAGGGCGGCAAGUAA